ACGUUGUGAGUACAAAAGGUUUAUUAGGCUCUUGGACCAUGUUAAUGGUGCUACGGAAUAAAUGGUGCAACCCAACCACAUAUAUGCAAUCAGCGACGCACGUUGUGAGAACACUGAACGAAAAAGAAGAAACAGUGGAGAGAAACACGUACGCCACAUUGGUAUUCAGCAUGGCGCAUUAUUUUGCUGCAUGCAAUGUCGAGGUAUCUAUGGUUUGUGCUUCAACGAUGUGGCCAUCUUGGCUAGCUGAAUCUAAGCCAGGAGCGACGUCUUACGCCAUGAGAGCUGCACCCCGACUGCUUCCUCGCCGCAGCAGCGGAUCGGUGCAUCAGCGUCGUGCGCUCAGCUUCCCCGACAGGUCCCGCCGUCGGUGCGCGUCUCAGGCGGCGGCCUCGGAGGAGGAAUUUGAGGUGCUGGACGCGGAGUCUGGCAGGGUACGGUGCGCGGCCAACUACGCGCCGCUGACGCCGCUCAGCUUCAUCGAGCGCGCCGCGGCCGUCUACGGCGACCGGCCGGCGGUGGUGUACGGGGAGACGUGGUCUUGCACGUGGAGGGAGGUCCGGGAGAGAUGCGUGUGCGUGGCCGCCGCGCUCGCCACCCGAUUCGGCAUUGCCCGCGGCGAUGUGGUUGCUGUUCUUAGCCCGAACGUGCCGGCGAUGUACGAGCUACACUUCUCGGUGCCCAUGGCAGGCGCGGUCCUCUGCAGCUUGAACACACGGCAUGACGCGGCCAUGGUGUCCACGUUGCUGAAGCACUCCGGCGCCAAGGUGUUGUUUGUCGAGUCAAGCCUCCUUGAUGUUGCGAGAGCCGACGCGAAUAACAUCGCCGUCGAUGAGUCUAGCGCCACUGGCCUUCCGGUCAUCAUCACCAUCUCAAACGAAGGCGACUACAUCGACUCCACCUACACGGACUAUGAGAGUCUCAUGAGAGAAGCACCUUCAAAGUUCGACAUCCGUUGGCCACGGAAUGAGUUGGACCCCAUUGCAUUGAGUUACACGUCGGGCACGACUGCAAGGCCCAAGGGCGUGAUCCACAGCCACCGGGGCGCGUACCUCAACACUAUUGCAACCGUUCUCACGUACAACAUCACCGCUAUGCCGACUUACCUGUGGACUGUGCCGAUGUUCCAUGCCAACGGCUGGAACCUACCAUGGGGCAUCGCCAUGCAGGGUGGCACUAAUGUCUGCCUCCGGCGUUCCACGGCGAAGGUAAUCUUUAAUAGCAUCUCCCAACACAAGGUGACACACAUGGGGGGUGCACCCACGGUUCUCAACAUGAUCGUCAAUGCAGCAGCUGGAGAUCGAAAGCCACUGCCAGUGAUAGUACAUAUCAUGACCGGUGGCGCCCCACCGCCGCCCAGCAUCUUGUAUGGGAUUGAGGAGCUUGGGUUCAUAGUAUACCAAAUGUAUGGCCUCACAGAGACAGGCCCGUCCACCAUCAACACGUGGAUGCCGGAGUGGGACACAUUGCCGAUGGAGGAUAUUGCACGGCUUAAGGCACGACAGGGGUUUCAUCACCACGUCGGUAUACAAGACAUCGAUGUAAAGAGUCCGACCACCAUGGAGAGCCUGCCACAUGAUGGCCAAACUAUCGGAGAGGUGAUGUUUCGAGGCAACACUGUAAUGAGCGGGUACUACAAGGACAUCAAUGCAACAAAGGAGUCAAUGGUCCAAGGGUGGCUGCACACAGGAGAUCUCGCUGUGAGGCACCCGGACGGGUGCAUUCAGCUCAAGGAUAGGGUCAAGGACAUCAUCAUAUCAGGGGGUGAGAACAUCAGCUCAAUUGAGGUGGAGGCGGUGCUCUUUAGCCACCCGGCAGUGCUCGAGGCAGCGGUCGUGGCAAGGCCAGAUGACCACUGGGGUGAAACGCCUUGCGCAUUCAUCAAGUUAAAGACUAAUGUCACUGCAACAGAAAUAGAGAUUAUAAAUUUCUGUAGAGAAAAGUUGCCACAUUACAUGGCACCAAAGACAGUGGUCUUUGCUAACUUGCCCAAGAGUUCGACGGGGAAGACACAAAAGUUUAUUCUCCGUGAGAAGGCUCGGGCUAUGGGCAGCCUGGACAAGACCUAAAUGAGAUUGUUUGUCCUGGUGAAAUAAAUGGUAUUGCAUUGUAUGGGGUGACUAUAACUUUGAAACAUGAAAUAGAUCACACCGCGACAACAAAUGUGGUGGUUAGUAUAUUUGUGUCGAUAGCUACAAGAAAG